AUGGCCCUCCUGCUCUCUCUACUGACUGCCUUGGUGGUGCUCAGCUGUGGCCUUGUUCCAUCUCUGGGCUGUGAUCUGCCUCAGAGCCACUUCCUGGCGAGUAAGAAGACUCCGGUGCUUCUGGAUCAAAUGAGGAAACUCUCCCCUUUCUUGUGUGUGAAGGACAGAAAGGACUUCAGAUUCCCUCAGGAGAUGGGUGGCAGCCAGCUCCAGAAAGCCCAGGCCCUCUCCGUGUACCAUGAGAUGCUGGAGCAGAUCUUCAACCUCUUCCACUCAGAGCGCGCCUCUGCUGCCUGGAACACCACCCUCCUGGACCAGCUCCACAGUGAGCUCCAUCAGCAGCUGGAAGACCUGGAGACCUGCUUGGUGCAGCUGAUGGGAGAGGAAGAAUCUGCCUCGGCGAUGGAGGGCCCAACCCUGGCUGUGAAGAGGUACUUCUGGAGAAUUCGUCUCUAUCUGAAAGAGAAGGCCUACAGUGACUGUGCCUGGGAAGUCGUCAGAGUGGAAAUCAGAAGAGCCUUCUCUUCAUCAGCAAACUUGCAGGAGGGAUUAAGAAGAAAGGAUGGAGCCCUGGGUUCAUCUUAA